UCAUAUAUUCACUAUCAUCUCUCUUUAUCACUCUCUCUCUCUCUCUAAAUAUGUUGAGCUUUGUGCGUUCUUGCUUUGAUGAGAUGACAAAAAGUAGGAAACAAAUGCUACCACAUUAUGUAUACAGAGAUGAGAUGGACAAGAAGUCAUCACCAAACAAGCUUAGGAAAACAGUUGACGGCGAAGCAAAACCACUGCUCCGACGAGAAGAAGGCGGGAAGAUUAACAUUAAUGGCCGCGAUGAGGAGAAAGGAGGGCUCAGAGUUAAAAUUUUGAUGACAAAGGAAGAAGCAGCGCGGCUAUUAUUGAAGUGUAAAGAUGGAGGAAUGCUUGAAUUCAAGGAUGUGGCUCAUGAGCUAGUACAAAUCCCAACUAGUCGGGUCACUGUUGUUUUUGGUAGUGCUAGCAAUGAUCGUGUGCUUAAGAGUAUCCCAGAAGAAGUACUUUAGAAUUAUAAUUUUACCUUUAAAUACUAUUUGGAUUUCAUUUGUUAAUGUUCUUACAAUGAAAACGCAAUUUUGAUGCUAUAUAUCUUCUUAAUUACUAGAAAUGUUCUGUUGAUCAUGUCUAGAAUUUCCAAGCGACACUAUUCCUUUGUUUGCAAUCAUGAACGUCUAACAAGAGUUUCUUUUCUCUUAUCAGUAUUGAAUUGUUGAACAGAACUCAAAUUGAUCAACAUGAAAGUGGAUUAUAUAUAGCAAUAU